AGCAAAGUAAGAGUUUAGACAGGGUUCAGAGUGGUGGUCUCACUGAGGUCACGGUGGCAUGGGGGGAGAAGAGGGAGGAGAAAUGUACCCCACCCUAAAAACUGUACAGAUGCCAGGCAUGGGACCUUUAAAUUAGAGAGGCAGGUUUAAGAUUUGGUUUCCAGACUUGGCAUCAUUCAGUUCCAACACGUUGUGGACCAGUGUCUCUAGAGUCACUGUAGUGCUCCAUCAGUACUGCCGUGGAGGAACCAUGUCCAUCAGCUCUGCAGCCAGCGACGCCGAGGAAUAUGAGACGUUCUUCAGACGGACUGCAGACCCCUUGAGGGGCUCUGCGCAGAAAAUGACCUGCUAUGCUUCUCACUCUUACUCGGACGAGGAGAUGGAGGAAGAGAGUGCGGACGGGGGGAUGAAACAGGGGCGCACACACUCGAGGACGCACCACAAGGACGCGCGACAGUCGCAGAGGAACGCGGCCAACGCCAGGGAGAGGGCGAGGAUGAGAGUCCUGAGCAAAGCCUUCUCCAGACUAAAAACCAGUCUGCCCUGGGUCCCAGCGGACACCAAACUGUCCAAACUGGACACGCUGAGACUCGCCUCCAGCUAUAUAUCUCACCUUAGGCAACUCCUGCAGGAUGACCGCCUGGAGAACAGCUUUGCGCAUCCGGUCAGUCUGGUAUGAGAUCAGAAGUUCGUUUUUCAGUGUGGUCCACACGAAUUUUAACACGUGCAUGUAAUUCAAACAACAAAAAACAUUUUUGUCGAUAUUUACUAAUUCAUCUUGUUCUACUUUAACAGACAUGGCCGUUUAUGAUGGCAGUCCGAUCAGAGGAUCAGGAAAUCUCAGCUACAGUCAGACUUUGUGGAGCUACAGCAUAGAACCUCACGAGACUCAAUUCUGAUACAAAAUAAAUUAAAAAAAGGAUUUAUUUCAGCUUUUGACCAACUUUUGGUGGCGUCUGAGCAGUGUGUGCCAAAUGGUGGGUCAGGGCCCAAAAGUGGUUCAUGGGGACACAUUUAUUGGGUCACCAGAAUGAAUCAUACAAUGUGUCAUCUUGGUUUUUUGUCACACCGUAACACUUAUUCCAAGUCUACCAGCAGUACAUUACAUCUUCUACAUUUUUUUCAAUUAUGAGAAAAUGCAUUGGUUUUAAACUGUUUUGAUUAAUUGAUCUGGUCGAAGAGACUUGAA